GAAUCUCAACAUAUGAAACGUACGAAUUAAUGAGGCGGAGAAUUCAUUCUGUCUAGUUGUGGUCAUUGAUGCCUCUAACAUUCACUCCUCGUGUGGACUCCGAAGCGAAGAAUCCCUUUCUGCCGGACGACCCGAAGAUCCUCCUGCGAGAAGGCCGUUUCGCCAAAGUCCCCUUCAUGACCGGAGUCACUCGAGAGGAAGGGAUCAUGUUCAUUUAUCCUGCCUUGUUGAACGAGACUCUGUUACCUGAGAUAGACGGAAACUGGGACUUUUACUGCCCUCGAAUAUUCCUUGGGAAGACCGAGGACACCGGGGACUACUGCAGCCGUCUCAGGAAACAGUACUUAGGGGAUCAACCCAUCAACCGCCACAAUCGAUACGAACUCGUCAGGAUGACUGGAGACCAAAUGAUGAAUGUGGGGGCCCUCGAAACCGUGAAGGCCCAGAGCCACUUCGUCCCGACGUACCUCUACUCCUUCGAGUACGAGGGAAGCCGCGGGUUUAUGGACUUCAUCAGGUCCAUGUUAGUCAUGUCGCUUCCGGAGGAAGCCAGGGACUCUGUUCCGAAGAUCCACGGGUGCGGCAUCAGGACAAAGGAGUUUGGUGGUACUGUGACCGAUGGAUCACAGGAUCAAAAGUAA